CCGGUCCUUACUUAAGCUUGAUCACUCCGUCUCCUUCACGGGCACCGACACUUGUCUCCCCAUGACCGACAGGGCUCUCGGGCCGAGGAAGACUCCUGCAGACUGUCAGAUUCUAGUCCUGGGCGAUGGCGCAUCCGGCAAGACCUCGCUGCUGACUGUCUAUACCAAAGGCUUCUUUCCCGUCGCCUACGAGCCUACCGUCUUUGAGAACAUGGUCAAAGACUGCCACCUGGACUCUGACACGACCGUAGAGCUCUCCCUGUGGGACACAGCCGGUCAAGAAGACUUCGACAGGCUCAGGGCGCUCGCCUACGCGGAUACACAUAUCGCUCUCCUCUGCUUCUCCGUCGACCAGCCCAACUCGCUCGACAACAUCGAAAGCAAAUGGAUAGGCGAGAUCAACCAGCAUUGCGAGGGAAUUCGAUUAUGUCUUGUCGCACUCAAAUGCGAUCUGCGCGACGAUCCAAGAACACGCCGAGAGCUCGCCAAGACGGGCGAGCAUCCAGUGGAGUACGAGGCUGGCGUCGCCGUCGCCAAAAGGAUCAGAGCUUCUCGCUAUCUCGAAUGCUCGGCAAAGGAAAACAGAGGCGUCUCCGAAGCGUUUGAGGAAGCAGCACGAUUAUCUAUACUGGCACGGCCCAGCGGCGAAUCAUCCACCUCGUCAGGCCUAUCGUCACUCAAAUCACUCUUUUGCUUUCGCGCGUAGUAUCUAGUCAGCGCAAGAAAGGUGUCUUGUAGGGUCUGUAUCACUCUGUCCACUGUUGUAGACUAGCCAACGGGCUGCAUUUGGAUGCACAGCAAGCAGAUGCCAUCGUUGCGCGCUCAGCAA